AUGUGGAUCAUAUUUUUUAUCCUCAUUUCCAGUUUCACCAGUGUUUUUGGAGCCCCAUCCAUCAUUCUUAACAUUACAGCCAAUGUUCAGUGUAAUUUGCGAAAAAAUUGGUGUGUAAAAGUUUUUGUUUUGGAAUAUGAUUGGUCGUAAGUUCAGACGAAUCUAACUUUGCCAAAAAUCUAUUAUUCACCUCAGAUUUUACUUCUGGAACAACUAUGACUUUGUCAAAGUCUAUAGGCGUAAAUGCACCAACAAUUCGAGAAAAAUCACAUUCCGAUCCAUACAUCAAAUCGAUGGUGGCGAUGGUUAUUUGAUGGCCAGCAGCAGAUAUGAAUUUGUUGUUGGUCUUCGUCAUAGUUGUACGAAAACCGGGGAAGUUCAUGAUUAUGUUGUUCAAGAGAGAGCAGCUAAUACAGAUCGUCAUUCGUUUGAUAUUUUUGUUAAUGAAGAAGCUGUUGAUGGGCAAGGGGAGAGGUAUGAGGAGAAUAAGAUGAAAGCUUGGAAACGGACAAAGUUUGAGAAUGUGCCGAUUGAGGAUUAUGAGGAUAAACAAUUUGAUAUUUAG